UUUAUUUCCGGAGCAAGAAAAGCUCACUUCCUUAACAUGAUGGCGGCGCCCAUGUGAACCCGUGUCCCGGUUAGUCUCCUCAUCACAUCAGGGAUGGCGGCGACCAUGUGGGGUCACCUGAAGGCAUGUCAGCGCCUUCCUUUGACAGGUCUUUUGUCCCGCACACACUGGAUUCCUGCUGCUGGCCUCCGGACUUUUGACAUCCCUCCUGAUUUUUCUGGAGUCAGUCUGAAGGAUCGUCCCAAACUUAAGUUUGUGAACAAGGUUCCUGACCUUGUAAAGGUUAAGAAGGAGCCUAAGAAUCUGCGAGACAUCCGUGGCCCUGCAACUGAGGGACGAGAAUUCCAGGAGGGCGAGUAUGGCAUUGUGGCACUUGGUGGAGGUUACUUACAUUGGGGUCACUUUGAGAUGAUGCGUCUGACAUUGAACCGUACCCUCUCACCUCGUACUACCUUUAGCCGCUGGUUAGUAGUACCUCCCCACAAGCCUGUGACCCGAAAAGGACUUGGCCAACGCAUGGGUGGUGGCAAAGGAGCCGUGGAUCAUUAUGUCACCCCUGUUAAAACAGACCAACUUAUUUUGGAAGUAGGAGGCCGUUGCGAGUUUGAGGAGGUUCUGCCAAUAUUGACCCAAGUAGCUAAAAAACUCCCUUUUCCAGCAAAGGCUGUAAGCAGAGAGACUCUGAAAAUAGCCCGCUGUGAGCUUGAAGAGAGAGAAUUAAGCAAUCAAAACCCAUGGACCUUUGAACGUUUGGCAUCACGUAACAUGCUGGGAUGCAGGAAAUGGUUAAGUCCAUAUGAUCUUCGCUUUAAGGGCAAGUUUUGGGGAAAACGCUUCCUACCAAACAGAGUUUAAUGGCUAUGUACCGUAACACAGAAAGUUUGGAUGACAACUUUGUUCUGUUGUGAUGCUAUUGACCGUUUUUGUACUAAACAACUUACAUCCAGCAAGUCGCAAAACAUGGUUUAUUAGAACAAAGCAGUUAAAUAAAUUCAUUAAUUUGCAUGUUA